CUUAGCAUAGGGAAGUACUUUAGGUCUAAAGGGGUUAAGAAGGCCUCCUUCCAUUUAGAAACAUGCAGGGGUCCCACCGUAGCUGUUCCAGCCUUUAAAAAUCUUUCCAGCUUUUUUUUCCUUCCCCCUUGUAACAAAUCUGUACGACUGCCACCAGGACAUAAGAAGCGUGUGCCUGUCACAGAAAUAGAGUUUACUUUUUCCAACUUGUUGUACAGAGGCAGGGUAUAAAUACAGCUAACUCUGGCGUGGACUAAGAGCCUUUCGCUUCAAAUAAGGGGGCUACUUCCCAAGACUUUUAAUCCAACAAGGUUCAGACCAGACGGCACGAUCGGCCAAGGUGGAAAGGAAGCCGGUGGGAGUUCAGAAAAAGCAGGUGUCGUUGUUUCCUUUGUGUUUGUGUUUGUUUUGCUUUUUAAAAAAAUUAGGCACAGACACACCCCAAGCCCCAAUCCAAACAUAGGUAUUUUUCUCUGGAGACAUUCUGAGAUGUCCUGUUUCAUACUCUUGCCUCAGUGGAUAUGGAUAUGGAUGUUAUCUGGGGAGACCUUUAUCUUAUUGCUUCUGGAGGUCCCCUUCAAAGGCUCUGCCUUGCCUCCAAUACGAUAUUCUCAUGCUGGGAUAUGUCCAAAUGAUAUGAAUCCCAACCUCUGGGUUGACGCACAGAGCACCUGCAAGAGAGAGUGCGACACUGACCUGGAAUGUGAGACCUUUGAGAAGUGCUGUCCUAAUGUCUGCGGAACAAGUAGCUGUGUUGCAGCUAGGUACAUGGAUGUCAGGGGGAAGAAAGGACCCGUGGGAAUGCCCAAAGAGGCAACCUGUGACCGUUUCAUGUGUAUCCAGCAAGGUUCAGAGUGUGAUAUCUGGGAUGGGCAGCCUGUUUGCAAAUGCAAAGAUAGGUGUGAGAAAGAGCCAAGUUUCACUUGUGCAUCUGAUGGGCUUACCUAUUAUAACAAGUGUUAUAUGGAUGCAGAGGCAUGUACCAAAGGCAUUACACUUAAUGUGGUGACUUGUCGGUAUCAUCUUACCUGGCCGAAUACCAGCCCUAUUCCACCAGAGACAACUGCGCACCCCACUACGGCCUAUGCAGAGACCACCAUCACUGACAUCCUUCCACCCAUACUUGUCAACAACCCAGCACACCAGUCUGUCUACAUAGGAGAGACAGUUAGCUUUCUUUGUGACGUCACCGGCCGACCUAAGCCCGAAAUCACUUGGGAGAAGCAGACAGACAGCAGUGAGAAAAUCAUCAUGAGACCAAAUCACGUCCGAGGAAACAUUGUGGUCACCAAUAUUGCCCAGCUGGUGAUUUACAACACACAACUGCAAGAUGCGGGUAUCUAUACUUGCACUGCUAAAAACAUUGGUGGUGUGGUCUGGGCUGAUUUCCCCUUGUCCGUCAUCAAAGGAGAAGUCACCUCGAGCGAAGCAGCUCAGAACAAAACUCACUUCCCAACCGACGAGUGUCUGAAGCCGCCCGACAGCGAAGACUGUGGGGAAGAGCAGACCCGGUGGUACUACGAUGCAAAGAAAAACAACUGCUUUACUUUCAUCUACGGAAACUGCAACAGCAACCUGAACCACUUUGAGGCCUACGAAAACUGCAUGCUGACCUGCAUGAAUGGACCCAUCAACAUCUGCAACUUGCCAGCCCUCCAAGGUCACUGCAAAGCAUAUGAGCCCCGGUGGGCGUACAACAGCUUGACAAAACAAUGCCAGUCUUUCAUUUACGGAGGCUGCGGAGGCAACGAAAAUAACUUUGAGAGCAGAGAGGCCUGCGAAGAAAUGUGCCCUUUCCCCAGGAACAUGCAUUGCAAGGCAUGUAAGGCUUGCAAGCCCCGGCAAAAGCUGGUGACCAGCUUCUGCAAGAGCGAUUUUGUUAUUCUUGGCCGCGUAACGGAGCUGACCGAGGACCAAGACUCAGGGCACGCGCUGGUGACUGUGGAGGAGAUUCUGAAGGAUGAGAAAAUGGGUCUCAGGUUCUUGGGGAAGGAGCCUCUAGAAAUCACCCUUUUAAACAUGAACUGGAGCUGUCCAUGCCCCAACAUCACUGCAGCUGACGGUCAGCUCAUCAUAAUGGGUGACGUCCACAACGGAAUGGCUGUUUUACAGCCUGACAGCUUUGUGGGGGCCUCGAGCAUCCGGCGUGUUCGGAAGCUACGCGAGGUCAUCCACAAGAAAACCUGUGAGCUAUUAAAAGAGUUCCUAGGACUGCACUAAUACUUUGCUUUUUAUCUUAUCAGCUUUCCAGAUCUAUGUAUCAUAUAGCGCUAACAAAAAGUAGAGUAGCCUGGAACCUUUUUUUAAAAAAAAGCUCUGUUUGCUAAUAGAUAUUAUGUAUUAUAGACAAGCCAUAUAUUAACUCAUUAAUUAUGUGUAGUAAUGAGGCAGUAUCCUUUUUUUGGCAAGCACUUAAAAUAGCAGCAAACAGCUAUUAGUCUUAGAUCUAUAGUUCUGUCUAUUUGUCUAGAAAUGCCAUCUGGCAUUCAUUGUUUAAUACUCAUGCAGCUUUCAUCAUAGGAGACCAAAUUCAUAGCAAUCUGUUUGGUUCAGAGCUAAAUGGUAUACAUUGUCGAACUAAUGAUAAUUGUUCUCAUUUGGAGUAUAGAAACAUUUGUGAAAAGCAGCUGAAAUGUAUCAUAUUCAUAAGCAGGCUGUAAAAGAGGAAAAUGUAAAUUAUUGUCUAUAUUUACAAUAAUUACACUAGCUAUCAGAAUUGUGAUCAUUACACAAAAGGAUUUCAUUUUUAAUAGAUUUUUUUACCUACAA